AUCAAACGGUCAAUUGUUUAGGGUUUUAGAGAAAACCCUUUGCAGCUCCUGUUUUCCUUCUGCAAUGGCGUUCUGGGGAGUUGAAUUGAAGUCUGGUAAACCAUUCACUCAUAAUUUCGAAAAAGAGAGGGGAAGGCUUCACAUCUCCCAGGCAACAUUAGGCUCAGGCUCGUCAAACAAAAAAAGCAUAGUUCAAUGUAAAGUAGGUGAUAAGGAGCCAAUUUACGUUUGUUCGUUAUUGCCAGAAAAACUGGAGACAUGCCCAUUGAAUCUCGAGUUUGAGGAGGAUGAAGAUGUUACCUUCUCAGUUAUUGGUUCUCACAAUGUUCAUCUCUCUGGUUUCUUUUACGGAGAGAGUGAGGAUUGCUGUGGAGAUGAACAUGGAUCUGACUACGAGGAAGGUGCUUCUGAGACUGAUAGUGCGUCUGAUGAUUCUUUCGAAUUUAAUUAUGACACAGAAGAUGAAGAUGAGGAUGGCUCAACUGACGAUGAUGAUUUUAUCAUGUACCCCCCUUCCCCUAUUCCCAACAGUGGAGUGAGAAUUGAAGAGAUACUGGAGGACGAAAAUGGUACAUCCAAAAAGCCAAAGAAGAAGAAAAAUCAGUCAAAUGGGAUUGAUUACUCUGAGCGCCAGAUAGUCGUGAAGGGUAAUACUGGCAGUCCUCAGAUGGAGAGUGAAGAUGAGGAUGGCUUUCCGAUAUCUGCUCCCUCUGAAAACAAAACUAAAUCAGUGAGAUCUCAAAAAUCAGAUGGAACUAAAGAUCAGGAUACCGGUGAGGAAGCAGGUGAGAAGAAAGGCUUAAAAAAGAGACUUCGUGAUGAUACUGGCAAAGCCAAUGAUCAGCAAAGAGAAGACAACGCUAAGCAAAAUAAAAAGAAUAAGAAGAAAAAAGUAGUGGAUGGGGAGGAAUCGGCUCGUGAGGAUGUUUUAAAGAGCAGUGCCAAUCCAGAGCAUGUAGAGGGUAAUGAUGAGGCAGUUUCAGUAGGUAAAACUGAAGAUGGUCAGAAGCCAACUAAUGAGAAGGAUGCUGAGAAAAAGAAGAAAAAGAAAAAGAACAAGAAAAAUCAACAGGACGGCCAAGCAGUUACAGAGGUUGAAAAAGAUAAGAAGAAUGAAUCACAUGAGGUACAGGAGGAGAAUGCAGGGACUAAGCCUUCUCAUGCGAGGACCUUUGGAAAUGGAUUGGUCAUAGAGGAGCUGGCUAUGGGCAAGCCAGAUGGGAAAAAAGCUUCCCCUGGAAAGAAGGUUGGUGUACGUUAUAUUGGCAAGCUGAAGAAGAAUGGCAAAAUAUUCGAUUCAAAUAUUGGGAAAAGACCUUUUGAAUUUCGCUUAGGUAUUGGUCAAGUUAUAAAGGGUUGGGAUGUUGGUGUAAAUGGCAUGCGCGUUGGGGACAAAAGGAGAAUUACAAUCCCACCAGCCAUGGGGUAUGGGGCUAAAGGCGCUGGUCGUGACAUACCACCCAAUUCAUGGUUGGUAUUUGAUGUUGAGCUGGUAAACGUUAAUUGAUCGUGCCUUCACAUGGUGGAUGUUUUUGCCUGUUCAGCAUAAUUCUAAAAGUGUUGUCAUAUUAUUCUUUUUAUGCCAAAACAAGUUUUGCUUCACUUGCUGGGAGAACUUGUACAAAUUAUACAAGUAGAGCAGGGGUUACCAUUUUCGUAAGACGACUCAAUUUCAGAUUCCUGCCAAAAUUUUGAAGUAUUGUAUGACUCGUCGAGAGUACAUUUUCUGUCGGAAGACCAAAAUCCUUGGAUGAUCAUGUUUUGCUUUUGUUAUACUGUUA